GUCAUUCUGCCAUUUCCUACCAAGGUUGGAGGGAGUUGUACACAUGCUGCUCCCAGUUUAAGUGGUAUUCAGGGGUGGACUGACAACUCAUGGGGCCCCCGGGCAAUAGGGGAUCAUGGGGCCCCUGUGUCCUUGCCCAAACUCAAAAAAGCCUAUGAAAAAGGUACCAGGGGCAUCUCAUGGUGCCCCCUACUGAACCCGGGCCCUUGGGCAGUGCCCGAGUUUCCAAAUGUUCAGUCCGCCCUGGUGGUAAUGUAAU